AUGCUGGACUUCAUGGAUUACAUCCAGCUCGCCUUCGCCGAGGCGACCAACUGGAAUCGCGAUAAUUCAUACUCGUCGCUCACGGGUACCUCGCAAUCACUCCUUGAUUUCUCAACACCAGAGCGAUUGCGUGUUCGUCUCUCGUCGUUGGCGACCCCCCAUUUCGCGACCAGUUAUACCCUCGGCACUGUCGGCUUGAUCGAUGGCUCUGUUUCGUAUCUCUACAGCACGGUCCCCUUUGAUAAUACCCCGAGUAGAAGCGCCCUGAUCCCUCUGCGGAAACUCGCACCCGGCUACCAUCAGGUCCAGCCUCCCGCUGCCCCUAUCGAGAACUGGGGAUGGGAUUCGAUCCUCGACGGACUCAGCAAGUCCAGCAAUCCUUUAGAUCAUAAAGAUGUUAAUGACGGUCAUGAUGAAAAUGCCAUUGGGCAGAAGGCGACACUGCUUCAUGCGACUCUCCACCUUCCCCCUCCUACGACGCUGAAUGCCUUGUUUCUACGCCGGAUCUCUCCAACUAUGCAGUUAUCACUCGCCGUUUGCUCAACUCGGGGACCUCCUUUAUCUAAAUCUGCACCGCAGGCCUCUCUUCUGACGCAGCUGUCUCAUGACACGGGCAAGUAUAGUAACGAAUACCUCUUCUGCACGGACAAUUCCCUGUUCGGCUGGCGAGGGUUGUGGAAUUUCGGCCCGGAUCCGCGGUAUACCAAGAAUGACUCGUCUCCGCCGCUGUCUCUCCUCUCCGCCGGGGCGGAAGCGUAUUAUUCGCCUGUCUCGUCUCUGAUAGGCAUGUCCACCGGCCUGAGAUUCAGCACAUUACCCGCAGCCACUGAAGUACCAUCGCCAGAGACAUCGUCAUCUUCCUCUAAAUCAUCAUCUCCCCCCUCCAAUCACGGCCACCCCAUCUCUACCUUCCCAUACACCCUUACACUAACCCUAACUCCAAUCACCGGCUCUCUCUCCACCACUUACUCCCUCCGCGCCUCGCCCAAUCUAUCCUUUAGCUCCCGCUUCGGCUUCAACGUAUACAGCUGGGAAAGCGAAAUGGUAGCCGGUUGCGAACUCUGGCGACAAACCAAACGCACACCCAACGACGACGGCUUGGAAUGGGCCAGAAGAAAGAUGCGCAUGACAGACCCUCUUGCGGAUCUAUCAUCCCCCGUCCCUAGUCCCGAGCCUGCACCCGCACCAAAAGAAGAGGAAGAGGUUAACGAGUCCGUUCUUAAGAUUCGUGUUGAUCAAUCCUGGAAUAUGCGUCUCCUCUGGGAAGGCCGGGUUAAGGAGCUUCUGGUCAGUGCUGGAGUCGGUCUGGGUCCUAGUUCCUUUUCGCCGUCCUAUAUGUCGGCUUCUGGGCCGGGGGGGCAGACUGGAGGAGGUCCUGCUUCGUAUUGGCGCGGCGUGGGUGUAUCUGUGUCGUAUUCGUCAUGA